UAACGUAUUACUACGCACGUGAGGAGCAGUCAUGGCAGCUCAUAGACUAUGCGGCACCAUGAGGGCUUUUCAUUCACAAAAGAUGGAGCGUGUCGCUCUCGGCGUGAGACAGUUCCUCGGCUUCGGCUCCGAGGUCGUGCGGGGGAGCAUGCGACGGUGUCACGAGAGCGCAUGGAGCAGACACGGCAAAGUGAGACGAGUGGGCGUGGAGCUGGGAGAAAGAAAACUCGAAAUCUCCACCGGCAAACUGGCCAGAUUCGCUGACGGGUCUUCUGUCGUUCAGCUCGGAGAAACGUCUGUUAUGGUGACAGCUGUCAGCAAGUCGAAACCCACCGCCUCUCAGUUCAUGCCACUGGUUGUGGACUACAGACAGAAAUCCGCGGCUGCGGGGAGGAUCCCGACCAACUAUCUGCGCAGGGAGCUUGGCACGACGGAUGUCGAGAUCCUCACCAGCAGGCUGAUAGACCGCUCCAUCAGGCCUCUCUUCCCUGCUGGCUAUUUCUAUGACACGCAGGUGCUGUGCAACCUGUUAGCCGUCGAUGGAGUGAAUAACCCGGACGUACUCGCUAUAAACGGAGCAUCGGCUGCCCUGGCCGUCUCUGACAUCCCCUGGAACGGUCCCGUUGGUGCGGUACGCAUGGGUAUCGUGGACGGGGAGUUUGUGGUGAACCCGACUCGCAGGGAAAUGGCCUCCAGCACGCUGAACCUGGUGGUGGCCAGCGCUCCCCUUAGUCAAAUAGUGAUGAUGGAGGCGGCUGCCGAGAACGUGCUGCAGCAGGACUUCUGCCAUGCCGUCAAGGUGGGGGUGAAGCACGCGCAGCAGGUCAUCCUGGCCAUCCAGCAGCUGGCCCGUGAGCACGGUGUGGAAAAGCGCACGCCCGCCAAGCUCUUCACAGCCGUCCCCGAAAUGGCGGAGACCACGCGCCAGUUGGCAGCAGAAAAGAUCUAUGCAGUUUUCACAGAUUAUUCCCAUGACAAGGUUUCUAGAGAUGAGGCCAUCAACAAGAUACGCCUGGACACCGAGGAGCAGUUGAAAGAAAAAUAUCCGAAAGCGGAACCUUACGAUGGGAUUGAGGCCUUCAACGCGGUUUCCAAGGAGAUCUUCCGUAACCUGGUGCUCAACGAGUACAAAAGGUGCGACGGGCGGGAUCUCACAUCCCUGAGGGACAUAUCCUGCGAGGUGGACCUUUUUGAGCCUCUUCACGGCUCGGCGCUCUUUCAGAGGGGUCAGACGCAGGUUUUCUGUACUGUGACUUUCGACUCUAUAGAAUCAAGUAUUAAAACUGACCUGGUCACUUCUGCUUUAAGUGGAGUGAAAGAAAAAAAUUUUAUGCUGCACUAUGAAUUCCCUCCCUACGCAACCAAUGAGAUUGGGAAGCUGGGUGGGACCAACAGGAGGGAGCUUGGCCACGGGGCCUUGGCGGAGAAGGGUCUGAAACCUGUCAUUCCCAAAGACUUCCCCUUCACUGUAAGAGUGACCUCAGAAGUUCUGGAGUCUAACGGGUCUUCGUCCAUGGCCUCGGUAUGUGGAGGAAGCCUGGCCUUAAUGGAUGCAGGUGUGCCAAUUUCAGCCCCUGUUGCGGGCGUUGCUAUCGGCCUCGUCUCCAAAGCCAACCCAGAGAAACAAUCGGAAAUCCAGGACUACAGACUGCUAACGGACAUCCUGGGAAUAGAAGAUUAUAAUGGAGACAUGGAUUUCAAAAUGGCUGGUACCAGCAAAGGCAUCACCGCUUUACAGGCUGAUGUAAAGAUUCCUGGAAUACCUCUGAAAAUUGUAAUGGAAGCUAUUCAGCAAGCCACAGUGGCUAAAAAAGAGAUAUUGGGCAUCAUGAACAAGACGAUUGCUAAGCCAAGAGCCAAAAGAAAGGAGAAUGGUCCAGUCGUUGAGACCGUUCGGGUACCUAUUUCUAGAAGGGCACGGUUUGUUGGUCCUGGCGGGUACAACUUGCGUAAACUGCAAGUGGAGACAGGUGUAACCAUCAGCCAGGUGGAUGAGGAGACCUUUUCUGUGUUCGCUCCAACCCCUGGUGCUAUGAGCGAGGCCCAGGAAUUCAUAAGAGAAAUCUGCAAAGAUGAUCAAGAGCAACAGCUGGAGUUUGGGGCAGUCUACACAGCAACUAUCACUGAAAUAAGAGAUGCUGGAGUCAUGGUCAAGUUGUACCCAAAUAUGAGUGCUGUUUUACUUCACAAUUCCCAGCUGGACCACAAAAGGAUCAAACACCCCAGUGCCCUCGGGCUGGAGGUUGGGCAGCAGAUUCAGGUUAAAUACUUUGGACGUGACCCAACAGAUGGACGGAUGCGACUCUCGCGCAAAGUGCUUCAGUCUCCCGCAGCCACAGUUGUGAGGACGCUGAGCGACAAGCACAGCAUCGCCAUGGGGACGGGCAGCAACCAGGCCGCAGACACGCCGUAACCCGGCGCUGUCCGUUUGUGAAUAUCGCAGGCUGCGGUUCACUUUGUAUUGCCAUCGUUUUAUUCACUUGCAUCUCGGUUAACUGCAGGAAAAGGAACUGCUGAUACAUUUUUCUGCAGUUAAUCUGUACAAAUCUGUAUAGA